AUAUUAUUAGCUCGGAAAAAUUAGAUUUUAGUAUAAAUAAAAGAAACGGCAGGAUUGAGAAAUCCAGCAAAGCCACAGAAAAUAAAGUAGAAAAGUUAGACAAAAACAGCUAAGUCCUAUCUUUCAUUAUCUUUGACCAUAAACUUUGUGUACAGUCCACAUAAAAACACAACAGCUUUCUAUGCAUAACACACGCACACGCCUUUAUAUAUAUAAACACACGCACAAGAAUCUUUAAGGCUCACAAAUCAAAACUCCAUCUUCUCUCUCAGAUCUUUACGGACAACCAUAAAUUUCAUUUUAGCUUCCAAGUCGCUUAUUUAGUCUUCCUCUUUCAACACCCCCUUUGGUUCUUGCUUUAUGUCCACGACGAUGAAGACAACGGGCUGCAGCUCUGGUUCAGGUAAUCAGCGGCAGCCCAGUCGUUUACAAAAGCGAGCUCCAGCGUUAAAGAUAGUCCCUGAUCCGGCGAACAACUGGAAAACGGCUAUACCUCUCCUCUCGCCGCUAACUCUUUCCCCAGACUCACCGGUCAACCAACCGCCGGUUGAGAAGCAGACGAAAGCUAUUGCGGUUGCGGUUGAGAAAACGCCGGUUUUCAAGACGUGGCAGCAUCCUGCAGCGCCGUUUUGUUACGAGAAAUCAACGACGUUUGUUCCACCGUUUGUACCUGUUUAGUUUAUAUCAAAGGUUCAAAAAGUACAGUUUCUUUUUGUUUUUGGCCUGCGUAGAUCUAAUGUCCCAGAUUUACGCGAUUUGUUUUUAAACAAACGCGCGUUUGUACUAUUAUGUGGUUGGAACAACGCGAUUAUCGUAAUAGAUUGCUAAAUUAAAAGAUUACUAGGAUAAGACCCUCGUCUUGCGCGGGAUGAAGCUAUUAUUUUUAUUAUGUUUUGAAAAAUGAAACAAUAAUUCGGUUUCACUCGGAUUAGAGGUGUUCAAUCCGAAUAUCGGAUUUCGGUUCGGCUCGAUUUUUUGG